AGACUCCGACCGCUUUACCGUCUCCAUGGGGAUCGGGCAUGGCGGCGUCUCGAACGAAGAUCAGGACUGCGAAAUCGCACCACAAAGUUAAUGGGAAGGCAAUCGCUGACAGUAUUCGGAUUGAAGAGGUCACUGUGAGGGAAAAAGAAAACCCACUGGCCUGGAAAUUUAUCUCCUUUCCCGAGAUGUCUGAACUUGCACGAUUAAAAGUGGAUUUAGUUGAGAAAGCAUUGGCUGAAAUUCUGCAACUGGAACAGCACCAGUAUUGCAUGAAAGAAGGCAGUCUCUUGGAUUAUUAUGUCUCUGGGUUCUGGUGGGCCAAGGAGCAAGACUUCACACUACUUCAAAUGUCUGUCUUCAUGACUAUAUUAAAUAUCAUUUUGGAGAACAUCAGCAACAAACACUUGCCAUUGCUUGAUAAUUUAAGAGAGCUCACAAAACUCAUGACUGAAGUCAGUCAGUCAAGUUCAGAUAAGAGUCGUGGCGUGGAAUUCUUCACUGUCGACCAAGCCAAGGCCAUUAUUGAUUACAUGAAGAUCAGUGUAUUUCAGCAUUAUGGAUUAUAUGAGUUCCUUUUCCAUCAUACUCCUGACCUAGGGGUUCUGGACACUAAGCUUGAGGUUGAAGUAAUCAAGUCAGCAGAUCCAUUCCCUCCACCAUUGGAAGAGAGUUUAACUUGGGAUAUCUACUCAUCCUUCGUCCUACUGCAGUCAACAGAGGAACCAGAGGCUGAGGUUGAGGCAGAGACUGAAGAGAAUAUGCAAGUUAAAGCCCUCACAACCGAAGGUCCUUUGGCAUGUUAUAGCAUAGAUGAUGUCAAAUCAGUGCUGAAUCAAGUAACAGGCGAAGUGCUUGCCAAUAUUCAGAUUUAAAUGCCAUGACUUCUGGGAACCAGCACUAAGAUCAUUAAACAAGGAUCAACUUUAUUCAUCAUAUACAUUUACAUGUAUUAGGAAAUCGCUGUAGUGUGUUGGCACGACAUGAACAAAAACAG